CUCCUCUUCCUCCUCUUCCUCAUCCUUCCUCUGCUGGAGUGGACAGUUGGCAGGAUCAAACUGCGGCUCUUCCUCCUUCUACUCAUCGUCGUCACAAGGUCACGUGACCUCACAAGCCACGCCUCCUGUGUGCUCCUCCAGCCUGGGCGCGCUCCUCAAGACAGCCAUGGAGGCGAGCGAGGUGAAAGUGUCCUGCGAGCGUCGGGCAGGGGCCAGGAGCCCCUUUGCCAGCGUCAAGUUCUUCGUCCUGUGCCACAGUCUGCUGCAGCUGGCCCAGCUGCUGGUGUCGGGGUACAUGAAGAGCUCCAUCUCCACCAUCGAGCGCCGCUUCGGCCUCUCCAGCCAGAAGUCGGGGCUGCUGGCCGCCUUCAACGAGGUGGGCAACACCGUCCUCAUCGUCUUUGUCAGCUUCCUGGGGAGUCGGCUCCAUCGUCCGCGCUUCAUCGGCGGCGGCGCUCUGUUGGCGUGCCUGGCCUCGCUGCUGAUGGCGCUGCCGCACUUCUUGAGCGGGCACUACCAAUAUGGCGACGACAUCAACGCCGCCGGGAACAACUCCGGCCUCUGCCGGCCGGGGAGCUCCUUGGCCACGCCGGCGCCCGGUCAGAGGUGCGGCGAGCAUGACCGCCCCGGCGAGGAGGGCUUGUACCCGCUGCUGCUUCUAGCUCAGCUGCUGCUCGGCAUCGCCGCCGUGCCCAUCCAGCCUUUUGGCAUCUCCUACAUCGACGACCACGCCAGCCGGAGGAACUCGCCGCUCUACCUCGGUGUCCUCCUGGCGGUCACGUCCAUCGGCCCCGCCUUCGGCUUCCUCAGUGGCGCCUUCCUCCUGCGCUUCUACGUGGACUUUGACACCAUGACUGAAGACCAGAUCCAGUUGGACCGCAGUGACCUGCGCUGGGUGGGCGCCUGGUGGCUCGGCUUCCUGUUGGCCUCGUUCCUCCUCUUCGUCACGGCGCUGCCCUACUUUUUCUUCCCGCGACACAUGCCCCUGGAGGACCAGUCAGAAGCAGACGCCAAAGCGAGGAGCGACCCUCUCCAGGAAGUCAGUCUGCUUCACUUCCUUAAAAGUUUCCCCAGCAUCGCCGUGCGCACGCUGCUGACUCCCGUCUACCUGCUGGUGGUCCUGGCCCAGGUCAACCUGGCGGCCAUGGUGGCCGGCCUCGUCACCUUCAUGGCCAAGUUCAUCGAGAAGCAGUUCAGCCAGACCGCCGUCUUCUCCGCCAUGAUCAUCGGCGGAGUUUGCAUCCCGCUGGCCGUGCUGGGGACCGUGGCGGGUGGAGUCGUGAUGCGGCGAUGGAAACUCGGCGUCGGCGCCGCCAGCAAGAUCUGCGCCACCGCCACCCUCCUCGGUAUCGGCGUCGCCCUUCCUCUGCUCUUCAUCGGCUGCCCGACUCAGCAGGUUUCCGGCGUCUUCCCGCCGCGGAGCGGCGCACUUUCUUGCAACGCAUCAUGUCAGUGCCCUCGCGACGUGUUUGAUCCGGUGUGCGGCUCAGACGGGGUGGAGUUCACGUCUCCGUGUCACGCCGGCUGCCUUGCCGUGGAAACGAACCGCAGCAGCAGCAAAGUCCUUAACUUCACCCAGUGUCAAUGUGUGGGCGGGGCCAGUGGCUCGGCCGAACCCGGAAGCUGUGGCAGCGGCUGUGGCCACCUCCUCCUCCCCUUCGUGGUUCUGCUCGCCCUCACCGGUCUCGUAGCGUCGCUGUCCCAAACUCCGUCCUUCGUCAUCAUCCUCAGGACGGUGCCAGCCCAGGACAAAUCCUUCGCCGUGGGGGUCCAGUACAUGCUCUUCAGAGUCCUCGCCUUCAUGCCCGGCCCGGUUCUGUACGGCACCAUCAUCGACUACACGUGCAUCCUGUGGGACCGGAAGUGCGGACGGCAGACUUCCUGUCUCUACUACGACUUGGAGCACUUCAGACACAGGUUCUUUGGUCUCCAGUUGGUCUUCAUGUGCGGGGGUCUGCUCUGCUUCAUCUUGACCGCUGUGGUCCUGCACCGGAGGGCGGGGCUCCGGGUGCCCGAGGCCGCCGACAAAAGCGUGUACGAGUUGGCGGACGGACGCAAACAAGAACAAGUCAAAGUCCAGACUUGAGUACAUUAUAAACGGCAUACUUUUUAUAAGGCGGGAGCAGUUCCCCUGACGUCCACCAGAGGACGCCAACGUCCUGUUAUGCUCAGAGCCGUGUAUUGCUAGAGUGUGGCCAACCCGAUCGAAUGUAUUACCAUGGUGAAUAACAUACAUACUCAAUUCCUCUCCCCUCAGAUAUUUGGAAUCAUUAAGACCUAAGCCAUAAGCAUAAAUAUUUAUAUUGAUGGGUUAAUCAUAUAUUUUAGUCAGUCAGGUAUUGGAUGAAAAUAUUUUUUUUCCUCAGUAUACGGUUUACCUCCAUCCAUCUUCUUCUGCUUAUCCAAGGUCGGGUCGCGGGGGCAGCAGCUUAAGCAGGGAAGCCCAGACUUCCCUCACCGCAGCCCCUUUGUCCAGCUCCUCCCGGGGGAUCCCGAGGCGUCCCCAGGCCAGCCGGGAGACCUUGUCAGCCCAACGUGUCCUGGGUCUUCCCCGUGCUCUAAACACCUCCCGAAAGAGGAGUUCGGGUGGCAUCCUGACCAGAUGCCUGAACCACCUCAUAUGGUUCUUCACCCUAAGUUCUCACCCUAUCUCUAAGGGAGAGCCCAGCCACACGGCAGAGGAAACUCAUUUCGGCCGCUUUUACCCGUGAUCUUGUCCUUGCGGUCAUGACCCAAAUCUCAUGACCAUUGGUUGAUGAUGGGAACGUAGAUCGACCGGUAAAUUGAGAGCUUUUCCUUCCGGCUCAGCUCCUUUUUCACCACAACGGAUCGAUACAGCGUCCGCAUUACUGAAGACGCUGUGCCAAUCCACCUGUUGAUCUCACAAUCCACUCUUCCCCAACUGGUGAACCAGUCUCUGAGGUACUUGAACUCCUCCACUGACUUGGGGCAAGAUCUCCUCACCAACCCGGAGAUGGCACUCCACCCUUUUCCGGGCGUGAACCAUGGACUCGGACUUGGAGGUGCUGAUUCCCAUCCCGGUCGCUUCACACUCGGCUGCGAACCGAUCCAGUGAGAGCUGAAGAUCCUGGCCAGAUGAAGCCAUCAGGACCACAUCAUCUGCAAAAAGCAGAGACCUGAUCCCGCGGCCACCAAACCAGAUCCCCUCAACGCCCUGACUGCGCCUAGAAAUUCUGUCCAUAGAAGUAAUGAACAGAAUCGGUGACAAAGGGUUUACCUGUUACACCUUAAUUAUCGGGUCUUGUUAGUUCCAGGCCUAACCGUGGCCAACAAUUCUCCACCAAGUAGCAUUAUUAUUAAUAAAUGGUUGGAACAUAAACAGUUUAUGACCUUCUAAAUGUGUUUUUUGUACAUGAUUAGAGCCUCUAAACAUCAAAUAUCAGCCAUAUAGCUUCACAGAGGAUUCUCCUUGCUUCAUUUCUGUGGUAGUCACCCGGAAACUUCCACACGGCCAAGUCAUGGAAAUACUUCAUCGCAUCCUGGGUAUUUUUUUUUCCCAGUUAGAACUGGGCACCGUGUGCUGAAACCACGGGCUUAAACUGUUCCGCGAAAGACAAGAAUUAAUGGCAGCUUUGUUGUUGGAAUUCCGCAUUGUCAGCAAUAUGUUUUGUACCAAUUAAAUUUUCCGUCUGAUGCUGUGAAAUAGAGUGAGGUGCAUUUCAGUCCGGUAUUAAAACUGGUAUCGGGACUCUGAACCACAUACUGUC